AAAAAGCACCUCCCAUGCACGUAGCUUCACCCUCUUCCUCCUUAGCAACUGCGAAUCUGUUCUCUCGCUCCUCCCCGCUUUACGGCAUGCCGUAAAUGCCACCCACCCAGCCCGCUCUAGACAGUCGCAGGGUGAGGAGACAGUGGCUCAAAGGGGAGGGCCGCCGGCGCUCGUGACUGCUGGAGGCAUUAGCGGCGCUGCCCGGAGGAGGAGGCGGGGUCACAGUGGCAGCCCCGCCCCUUUGCUGGGGGGGGCGAAUCUAUCCACUGGGGGGAAAUUGCUUGCUUAGGUCCUUAUAGGAUUUUUUCUCGUUUUACCUUAUUGGGAGUGGCUGGGGGGGGCGUAUGGGGUUUCUCUCUCCCCCCCCCCGAGUGGGUUCUAAACCAUCCCUCUUUAUUUCCCUCCUGAAAAGGGAGUGUUCACGUCGGAGUGGGCUAGCAUCGCCCAGGUGGGGCUGCUCCCUUUGUGUGAUUUGUGGUUGCCGUGGAGGGCGCACGGGGCCCCCUCCAUCCUUGGUUGCUCUAUACCUCCCACGUGCUUAAGGAGAAAAGGGGCUGCACCAGAAAGACUAUCGCAUCCUGCCCCACCCCACUGCAUGCGUGUCCCUAUCUUUCUGGUCCCUUUUCCAGGCUGGCACCGGGGGUCAUGGCACAGGUGGGGCACCGGGUGGAUUACCUGGCAGGAUUCUGUUGCCCGGUGGGGGGGCUGGCAGCUGGGAAGCCCAGAGUGCUCUGCCAUGAGAACCAGAUCUACCUCUCUAAUGGCACCGAAUUUGUCUAUGUCUAUAACCAAGAAGGGCGGCUGAUGAAGGCUGUCUACAGGUUUCCUGAUCAAGUUUGGCAUGUGGAGCUCUUGCCCGUCCACCAGCAGCUAUAUAUCCUGUGUGCUGGAGUUGGUAUUUACUGUGUGUCCUUGGACUACCAAAGCAGGUUAGCAAAGCGGACCGACGGGGAGGAAAAUGACUGCUUCUCCAGUGUCCUCCCCAUGGGUUCUGGUGCCUGCACCUUUCCUGAUGCUGCAAUUUGCACCUUCACGCUUCUCAAUGAUGUCCUCGUCACCCUCUCCCAAGUACAAGGGAAGUGGUGCAUGAACCUCCACAAGCUCCCAGGCCCCGAGGACGGGGAGAACUUGCCACACCAACCAAUAAGCCAUGUGAACAUCACCACCAGCACAAACAACGAUGGGGACAUGUCCUUGGCACACUUUCUCCCUGUCCUGUGUUGUGCAACUUCUCCUAGCACCACCAACCACAAGGAGAGCCUUCGCCACUCCGGGGGAUUUGUGCUGGAGGAGCCUCUCUUCAGCCUCCUCUUUGGCAUUGAUGCUGCCAUGCUGGAUUCUCCCAUGAUCCUUUGUGGCUUCCCAGACGGGCAGCUGUGCUCUGUGCCCCUGAAGGCCGUGAGUUCUCUCGACAACCACAGCCGUGAAGAUUCACCUGUCAAGAUCCUUCAUCAUUUGGAGGAGCCGGUUGUCUUCAUUGGUGCCUUGAGGACAGAGCGGAGGUCCCCAGAUGCAGAGGAGCUGCCGGCGUACGGAGACUUGGGCUGUGACUGUGUGGUGGCUCUGGGUCAUUACGGGAAAAUGGUGGCCAUCAAGGCAGCCCAGGGGGAAGAAGUCAAGGUCCCAGAGCUCCGUGAGUACUAUCUGCAGGGACCUGUUUUGUGUGCGGCGUGUAGCGGGGGCAGCCGCAUGUACUACAGCACCCAUUCUGACAUCUAUGCUGUUGACUUGGACAGCAACACCCUGGAGGCUGAGAAGGUGGAGGACUCGGCAGGGACCCUUCCAUCUGCUUUGUCUCCUGCCAGUUUGAGCAUCUGCAGCGUGGUGGCGCUUUCCUUGUCAUCCCGGGAGUCUGAAGGUGAGUCCGAGCUUCUGGCUUUGUCUGCUAAAGGCCGCCUCAUGACGUGUGGCUUGUGCAGCCCGGAUGAUACACAGCCUUUUAAGAUGAACCCUGACAAAGCUGGACAGAGGAUCAAGGAGCUGCUCUCUGGGAUAGGCCAUGUCUCUGAAAGAGUUUCAUCCUUAAAAAAGGCCGUGGACCAGAAAAACCGAGCUUUGACGUGCCUGAACCAGGUGAUGAAUGUGAGCGCUGCUUUGCUGUCCAGCCAGAAUGGUCAAAAGCCCAUCACUUGCACCAUCGCUGCCCAUUGGAGCCACCUACUGGUUCAGGACACCUUGACAGUCUCCUGCAUUUUGGAGAACUCGAGUGAGUGCAGCCUGGAGCGUGGCUGGACUUUUUGCGUUCAGCUCUUCGCCAGCUCCUGUGACUUUGAAGAGGACUCCUCAGAUUCUGCCACCACUUAUACCUUCCCUAUAGAUCAGCUCCUUCCUGGGAACAAGACGGAGGUGACCCUCCCCCUGGGCCCUACUGAAGGCUCCAAGCUGGAGCUGCCUUUCACAGUCUCCUGUUCCCUCUACUACAGCCUCCGGGAGAUCCUAGGCACUGUCUCAGAGUCCACUGAGCUCCUGGAUGACCUGCUUUCAGAUGAUUCCUCUGGUCUUUCUCCAGAUAGAGAAGGCAUCUGCUUGCCCUUGAGAGAAGUCACCAUUGACCUCCUGCAGUGCCUUCGCUUACAUGGUGGUAGUGGUGUGUCUGAAGCCACCCAGCCUGCCGCUGCCAUACCCCUCCCUGUGGAUCCACUCGACACCUUCCUGAAAGUAUCCCAGAUGCAGCCUGAUCUCGAGAGCACCGCAGGCAGCAAAGAGCUUGUUGCGAGGGCAGCCAGCCCUUUGGGAGAGGCUUAUUUGGCUCCAUCAGUCGCUUCGAUCAAGGUGUCCUCUGAACUGCUGAGAACUGCCCUGAAGGACUUCUGUGCAGACAUCUCGCUCUGCUGUGCUGUGCUACGAUGGCUGCUAGCGGAGAACGCUGCGGUGGACGUGCUCCAGAGCCAGGAUGCAGCCGCGGUGCGGGGACUUGCCCCAAAUGGAGGCGAUGUGCAACUAAACAUCCGAGAGGUGGCUGUCAGUGACCUGAGCCCAUCGGGCCCCAUCCAAGCAGUGGAGAUCAUAAUCCAGAGCUCAUCCCUGGCAAACAUGUGCCAGCUGCACCAUGCUGUGGUUAGGCGUAUUCAGACUCUGAUUCUGGAACAAGCAGCCGAGGACUCCUCUCCCCCAGAUGUCCGUAUGCAAUACCUUCACCAGAUCCAAGCCAACCAUGAGAUGCUGCUGAAGGAGGCACAGUCCCUGCAGGAGCGCCUGAGCCUGGGGAAUGAUUCGGAUGCGACUGUGCAGAAGCUCCUGCAUGUCUACCAGCAGCUGCGUGAUCCCAGCCUCAUUGUCCUGUGAGCUCCGAGCUGUGGCUCUUGACCAUUCUUGGCACACCUUGGGUGGCUCCAUUCCUAGCUCUGCCUGCUGCCAGUGGGCGAAGGGAGCAGCUGGCUGUACACCUUGUGAACUGAUUGAUGGGUUGAAAGAGGAGCAUGGCAGGGAAGGAGCAGGAAGAGGUGGUGGUGCAGGGGGGGUUCCAGCUGGGCAUGCCCUGGGUCUGCUCUGCAGGCUGAACGUUCAGGGGCUCAGUCUUGUCAUUUAUUCACCUCCCCCACCCUUCAUGUGAUUGUUUCUUUCUUCCAGGGUUCUGAAUUCCUGCCCAUCCCUGGCACAUCCAAUCGGUGCUGCCUUGGCAGUCUCACACGCAGGCAGAGCUGUCCUAGCGGACUCUCUCUGUGUACGCAUGUGUCUGUGUGUGUCACGCGUGUGUAUGUACGUACGUGUAAUUUGGAUGGCCGACAAGGUGCUGUAGUGGGUGUGGAUGGCGUGUUGUGGAUCGCACUCGACGUUGCUAGUUUAGCUUCUUUCGCUUUCGGUGACAAGUGGCUGUGCUGUGGCAGGCGGGGGGGACUGGAUCUGGCGAGUUGUAUGCGGGGGAGGGGAGGGGGCAGGUUUCGCCGGCAUUCUCAUCAGUUUUUCUUUACUCCGAGCAAAACAAACCAACCAACAACAAAAAAGGGCUAUGCCUCUAGCUGUGUCACAUUUUUCAGGGACACUGUGGAAAAAACAAACAAACAGGAUGUCACGCACAUAACUAUCUCAGGAGUGCUCUUAGUACGGUGCCCCUUUUUCUAGUGGGGUGCUUUGCUCCUUUUUCCAGUAUUUGUCCUUUCUAUAAACAACUUGCUUGUCUUAUUUCCAUGGUGGA